ACUGAGACCGAAUCAAGCUCGGAAGAGAUUAAGCGAGCGUUUCUUGUUAAAAUCAUGCAAAUAUGGAAGGGACAAGUUUUGUUUUCGGCCUGGUUAUCAUGUGUUUGACACGGUCCGGAUAUUUCAACAAGUUGCUUCGGAAGCUAUAUUACAUAGCCCCCAGGGAAUAAAAGAAUUAAUAUGGCACACAAAGUUAAGGUUCAAGAAGCAUUUGCUGGUGAUCCUAUUGCUCUUAAGCGGUAAUGUUUUGAUUCAUUCUUGUUUUAUCAGAUCUUAAAUCGAUCAUAUGUGUGGAAACCAUAAGCUAGUCAUUACCACGCCUUAAUGUAAUGGUUCAAGAUUAGUGCCGCAUAUAAUGCAACAAGAUCGCUGAUUGGUCGAGUCUAUUGUAGCGCUGUCAGUCGAUACAAUCGCCAGCCAAUGGCAGAUAAACAUCAAUUUACCCCCAACGGCUUCAUGUGUAUAGCGAGUAGUUUUCAUUGCUGGGUCGUGUGAAGAAGUCAACAGUCUUAGUUGAGUGCAGAUUUGGAAAGUUUUUUCUUACUCGUGCCAAUCACGCGGUUGAGAAAAAAUGGAAGCAGGACCGCUAACGCGAAAUUAUCCGAGUAUUUAUGAAUGUUUGACGAGCCAUAGUCCCUCCAUACCUCCGUUUAGCCUUCAGAGAUCUGUUAUUCCUGAUAACGUAGAAAUUACUCAAGACCCGAGCCAUGGUUUUGCGUACGCUGAGUCUCCCGUGCAUUUGCCAGGCUUGAGGACGGGCGCGCACGAUUUUCUCCACACUCUAUCAGGGGGUAGCGCUCAAGGGGCAUUUAACCUGCAGACCAAUUAUCCUGUCCCAGCGGCGUAUUCGACGUUGGCUGCCCGUGGAAGAGAGUUCCUGCUACGCCGUGAACACGCAGUAACGCUUCCCUCGGUAUCGUUACCAACUCACACCAUCUCUGCGGACGUGACAGCUUCGUCGGCGAGUCUUGUUGUUCCACCACCGCCCCCUUCUGCGUUUCAACAAACGGUCUUCACAACAAGCAACACCGCGCUCCAUGCCAUAAAUAUCCCGAGUUUUUCCAGCACCACGGCUCCUCCGCUGCCGGCACAAACGUUCGCACAAAAUGCGCAACACGCCACCAGUUUCACCAACUCAAGUCUCACGUGCGUUCAAGCGUCACCAGCAUCUGAGAACAGUAAUAGCAGCGGCGAUUCGUCAACAGAGACCUCUCGUGUAACGGUAAAUAUCGGUGACCCUCAAGGAAGUAUUGCAUUGCCUCGUCCAAGCCCGCUCAAUGCAAGGAAAGCUACUUUCGUUCCCUCACCCACGAACGUUGUGCCGUCCAUGGAACUCUCAUCAAACGGCGCGUUCUUCCGUUAUAUAAGACCUCAGGAAAAGCAGGAGUUUGUUUGCAGAUGGACUCUUUUACGGAACAAAAUAUCUGUUCCUUGCGAUAAGAAUUAUCCGUCUAUUCAAGAUCUAGUAAAACAUCUUUCUUUGGAACACGUUGGAGGGAGUGAAGGAAAUUCCUCCCACGUUUGCUUAUGGAGCGAUUGUCACAGGCAAGGCAAGCCGUUCAAAGCCAAAUACAAGCUUAUCAACCACAUUCGCGUCCACACUGGAGAGAAGCCAUUUUCGUGCCCUUUCGUAAACUGCGGUAAAACGUUUGCCCGCUCAGAAAAUCUCAAAAUUCAUAAGCGUACCCACACUGGGGAGAAACCGUUCGUGUGUGAAUUUCCUGGAUGCAAUCGUCGCUUUGCCAACUCAAGCGAUCGGAAAAAGCAUUCGCACGUUCACACUGCUGACAAACCGUACCUUUGCAGAGCGCCGGGAUGUGGAAAAAGCUACACACACCCCAGUUCUCUGAGAAAGCAUUUAAAGAUGCACUUUAAGGCUACUAAUGGAGACCUUUCAUUGGACAAUAACGACAACAUGGCGUUCAUCUCACAGGCGGAACUACAAUUGAACAAUGGUAACACUUCUAGAAAUAUUCAGCCAUGGCUUGCUCUGUCUCAGCAAUCACCGAAAAAUUCCUUUGUAUCGAGUGUGAAAAUAGAACCCUCGCGCUAAAUUUAAUAGUGCCGACAAAUCUGGUCACAAGACCUUGUUAGAAAACGGUAGAGAGCCAGUCCUGUUCUCACAACUCUUUCUCAACUAAAAGACUGAAACUCUUCUGAAGCGCAAUGAGAUACGAGAUAAAAUGUAACGGUUUUUACAUGAACGGAAAUCGUUUGUUUUACUUCGACCACUAUUUAAAAGUAAGGUAGAAAUCUAAGAUGUUAAUUCUUAUUUCUAAGGAAAAUCUAGCACGAGUAGUUUCGUUUUCAAUUCUCGCACACAACUCGCCGCGACUGUACAAGUUCAAAUGAGGCCGGCUCGAGUUGUCCUUUGUUAAUUCAAAUCACGUUUACUGUAAAUUCCUACGCCUAAUUUGUGUGAAAUCUUAUUUACAAAGAAAAAAAAAAACAGUAUCUUUUGUCUACGGUAAGAAUGUUUUAAAGAAUAAUACAAAUGUUCAAUUUCAAGGAAGGAAAGUAAUUUAUUUUUCAAUUUAUUUUUUCAGGCUCCUAUCCAAGCUUGUAAAACACAAUACAAAUAAAGAUAGUGAUGAGGGAUGUA